UCCGCUAUAGCCACAGUGUGUGCGGGAGCAUCAGAGUCAGGGAGAGAGCUGUGACGUCACCGCCAGAGUUCCAGAACCAGAGCACAGAGUGAGAGGCGGCGCUGGGAGACGGGCUGCGGCAGGGCGCACUUUACUACGGCGCCACUCACACUGCUGUGUGCACGGGGCCAGUCGCGCUCCCACCACAGGACUAUCGGCACCGGGAGACUUUCCCUGUCACGGCUCUUCGCCGGUUGUGAUUGAGGAGUAUCCGUCGCGCUGGGCGGUGGAGCCCUGGAGCCGCCAUGGGGAAAGUGUUUACAAGUUGCCUGCUGACUUUGGCUGGACUUCUGCCCGCUGUGGCGCUGGGACCGUACUCCGGUAGCUGUUCAUUUGAUGAGCCGUACCAGUCGUGUGGCUACAGUCAGUCGGAGCUUAAUGACAUUAAGUGGGAGCAAGUGAACACAUUGAGACGGCCACAUACAGAUUCUUGGAUGCCAUCAGGGUCUUUUAUGAUGGUGAAUACCACUGGAAGACGUGUUGGGCAGAAAGCUGUCCUGCUCUUACCUCAACUGAAAGAGAAUGACACGCACUGCAUUGACUUUCAUUACUUUGUGUCCAGCAAAAAUGGAGCCCUCCCUGGAUCUAUGAAUAUUUAUGUGACCGUAAACAAUGGGGAAAAGGGGAGCUCUAUCUGGAAUAUAUCCGGACCAGCAACGGGCACGUGGAACCGAGCAGAGCUGGCAAUAAGCACCUUCUGGCCCAAUUUCUACCAGGUUUAUUUUGAAGUGAUUGCAUUUGAUCAACAUGGAUACAUAGCAAUAGAUGAAGUAAAAGUCCUAAGACAUCCUUGUGCUAAAACGCCUCACUUCAUACGGGUAAAAAAUGAGGAUGUCAAUGCAGGAAAGUCUGCAACGUUCACAUGCGUGGCAAAUGGAAAGACAACACCAAGUGACAGGCUUUGGCUGCAGGGCGUAAAUGGAAGAGAUGCGCCAUUAAAAGAGAUAACCGUGAAUAAUGAUCGUCGAUUUGUGGCCAUAUUUAAUGUGGUGAACACAACAAAGAGAGAUGCUGGCAAUUACCGUUGUAUGAUCCGUACUGAAGGCGGAGUUGGAGUUUCAAACUAUGCUGAAUUGGUUGUUAAAGAGCCACCUGUACCCAUUGCACCACCUCAACUCUCAUCUGUUGGAGCGACUUAUUUGUGGAUACAGCUCAAUGCAAACUCAAUUAAUGGAGAUGGCCCCAUCAUUCAACGAGACGUAGAGUAUCGCACAACAAGCGGAACCUGGUCUGACAUCCAGUCUGUGGAUUCAUCCAGUUAUAAGAUUGGACAUCUCGACCCUGACACGGAAUAUGAGAUAAGUGUCCUCUUGACAAGACCAGGAGAUGGUGGAACUGGAUCACCUGGACCUGCAUUGAGGACGAGGACCAAAUGUGCUGAUCCAAUGCAUGGUCCACGGAAGCUGCAGGUGGUCGAAAUUAAAUCCAGGGAAAUAACCAUUCGUUGGGAGCCAUUUGGAUACAAUGUUACACGUUGCCACAGAUACAAUCUCACUAUUCAGUACAGGUACCAGGUUGGCGGGCAGGAGCAAGUACAUGAAGAAGUAAGCUGGGAUAUGGAGAGCUCGCAUCCCCAGCACACAAUCACAAAACUGACACCUUACACUAAUGUCAGUGUCAAACUUGUGCUCAUGAAUCCAGAAGGACGGAAGGAAAGUCAGGAACUGGUAGUACAGACCGAUGAGGAUUUGCCAGGCGCUGUACCAUUAGAGUCAAUUCAAAGCAGCACGUUUGAAGAGAAGAUUUUUCUACAGUGGAGGGAACCGGCACAAACCUAUGGCCUUAUUACCUUAUAUGAUAUCUCCUACAAGGCCGUCAGCUCUUUUGACCCAGAAAUAGAUUUAUCCAAUCAUAGUGGCCGCAUUAUAAAGCAAGAAAUGAACGCACUACCUGUUCUUGGCUUGUACCCGGCACAACAUUACUCUUUCACGAUAAGGGCCAGCACAGCCAAGGGCUUCGGCCCCCCUAUUACUAGUCAGUUUACAUCCAAAAUCUCAGCACCCUCUAUGCCAUCAUAUGACCUGGAAACACCCUUGAAUCAGACUGACAGCACAAUGACAGUUCUGCUAAAGCCAGCUCAGAGCAGAGGUGCUCCUAUCAGUGUUUACCAGAUUAUUGUUGAGGAAAAGAAAUCUCGUCGGGUCAGAAAGACAUCAGAAAUGCUAAAAUGUUUUCCAGUUCCCAUACAUUACCUGAACGCAUCAUUGUUGAAUGCACAGUACUACUUUGCUGCAGAACUUCCUCCAAAUCUUUUGUCAUCUGCCUUUGUCUUCACAAUUGGUGAUAAUAAAACAUAUAAUGGGUACUGGAACCCUCCACUUCUACCACAGAAAAGCUACAGUAUCUACUAUCAAGCUGCCAGCAGAGCCAAUGGGGAAACAAAAAUUGACUGUGUGAGGAUAGCCACAAAAGCUGCGAUAAUCGUGACUCAGCUUACAACACCAUACAUUCGCAUCGCCCCUGCUGCAGGCGACGACCAACUAACAGGUUCUGCAACUCGUAAGCCAGAUCCUGAACCUGAAAAACAGUCAGAUCACACUGUGAAAAUUGCAGGAGGCAUUGCAGGAAUUCUUCUUGUUAUCAUCUUCCUGGGCAUUGUCCUGGUGAUGAAGAAAAGAAGAAGCUAUAACUCCUACACAUAUUACCUGAAACUGGCAAAGAAAAGGAAGGAGACUCUCAGCAACACUCGUCAGGAGAUGACAGUAAUGGUGAAUUCAAUGGAUAAAAGCUACACCGAGCAAGGCACUAACUGUGAUGAAGCGUUCUCUUUUAUGGACACUCACAAUUUAAAUGGCAGAUCUGUGUCCUCACCUUCAUCGUUCACUAUGAAAACAAACACACUUAGCACGACUGUGCCUAAUUCUUACUACCCAGAUGAAAACCACACCAACAGCGAGACAAGCAGUUUAGCCCAAUCCCAUACAUACAAGAAACGGGAGACCGCUGAUGUUCCGUAUCAGACAGGCCAGCUUCACCCAGCUAUCCGGGUAGCUGACUUACUGCAGCACAUCACACAGAUGAAAUGUGCUGAAGGCUAUGGAUUCAAAGAGGAAUAUGAAAGCUUCUUUGAAGGACAGUCAGCACCGUGGGAGUCUGCAAAGAAAGACGAGAACAGAAUGAAGAAUAGAUAUGGGAAUAUCAUAGCAUAUGACCAUUCCCGAGUGAGACUGCAAAGUAUUGAAGAUGAAUCCAGCUCAGACUAUAUCAACGGAAACUACAUUGAUGGUUAUCACAGACCGAACCACUAUAUUGCCACGCAGGGCCCAAUGCAAGAAACAGUAUAUGAUUUCUGGAGGAUGGUGUGGCAUGAGAAUACUGCCAGCAUAGUCAUGGUGACCAAUCUAGUAGAAGUUGGCAGGGUGAAGUGCUGCAAAUACUGGCCAGAUGAUACAGAGAUAUAUAAAGAUAUUAAAGUGACACUUAUUGAAACAGAGUUGCUUGCUGAAUAUGUAAUACGAACUUUUGCAGUAGAAAAGAGGGGUGUACAUGAAAUACGGGAAAUCCGCCAGUUCCACUUUACAGGCUGGCCUGAUCAUGGUGUGCCAUACCAUGCCACAGGACUUCUAGGGUUUGUACGGCAAGUCAAGUCCAAGAGCCCAGCCAAUGCAGGUCCACUGGUUGUGCAUUGCAGCGCUGGAGCUGGCAGAACAGGUUGUUUUAUUGUCAUAGACAUCAUGCUGGACAUGGCUGAAAGGGAAGGAGUUGUAGAUAUUUACAACUGUGUGAGAGAACUCCGCUCUCGUAGAGUGAACAUGGUACAGACAGAGGAACAGUAUGUGUUCAUUCACGAUGCCAUAUUAGAAGCUUGUUUAUGUGGGGACACAUCAAUCUCUGCUACUCAGAUCCGAUCAGUACACUAUGAAAUGAAUAAAGUGGACCCUCAAACAAACUCCAGUCAAAUUAAAGAGGAAUUCAGAACAUUGAACAUGGUGACUCCAACACUACGGGUAGAAGACUGCAGUAUAGCACUCUUGCCUAGGAACCAUGAAAAGAACCGUUGCAUGGACGUCUUACCUCCAGACCGCUGCCUCCCUUUCCUCAUAACAAUAGACGGAGAAAGCAGUAACUACAUCAAUGCAGCCUUGAUGGAUAGCUAUGUGCAACCCUCAGCUUUCAUCGUUACACAACAUCCCUUACCGAACACAGUAAAGGACUUCUGGAGGCUGGUCCUUGACUAUCACUGUACAUCAAUAGUAAUGCUAAAUGAUGUAGACCCUGCGCAGCUUUGUCCACAGUACUGGCCAGAGAAUGGAGUACACAGGCAUGGGCCCAUUCAAGUGGAAUUUGUAUCAGCUGACUUAGAAGAAGACAUCAUAAGCCGAAUAUUUAGGAUUUAUAAUGCUGCACGGCCUCAGGACGGUUACAGAAUGGUUCAACAGUUCCAGUUCCUGGGUUGGCCAAUGUACAGAGACACUCCAGUAUCAAAAAGGUCUUUUCUAAAGCUCAUUCGCCAAGUAGACAAGUGGCAAGAUGAAUACAAUGGAGGGGAGGGUCGAACAGUUGUACACUGCUUGAAUGGAGGUGGUCGCAGUGGUACAUUUUGUGCAAUUAGCAUCAUUUGUGAAAUGCUCCAGCACCAGAGGGCAGUGGAUGCUUUCCAUGCUGUGAAGACGCUUAGGAACAAUAAGCCUAACAUGGUGGACCUCUUGGAUCAAUACAAGUUCUGCUACGAGGUAGCUCUGGAAUAUUUAAAUUCUGGCUGAUUGCAUUGAUGAGACAACAAAGGCAUAAAAACUGUUCAUCUCCAUCUCUCCCAUGAACAAUGCAAUUUGUUCCUUGAUAUUUGUGUAUAUACAAUGAGGACUUCAGUGUUCUGCUUAUUUUGCUUUCUUAUAAUUGGCUCUAUGAGGAGCUGGAGAAAAGUGAUCUGGAAGCUGUCUGCACUGCCUUUUUCCCCACUGUCUUGCUGCUUUCCUGACACAGACGUAUCUUGAAGUUUAUGGAUCAUUUAUCCACAGCUACCAAGUCGCCUGAUCGAAGCAGCAGAUUUUGGCAAAUGAAUGAGCACAAAAUUACAUUCUUAUGAAGGAUCCUUAUUCUUAUGUUUGACUGACUUUUCGGUUAUUGUCUUAAUUACGAUAGUGUCGAUUUUUUACUAUUAUUUUUGUUCUGUGGAACAUGGAGAUCGGCACUAUGACAACAUACAGUUUUGUUACAUUUGUACCGCAAUGUGUUAAAAGGAAACAUGACCUAUGUAUUUAUCUGUUUUUAAAUUGCAUUUUAACAGGUCACCCUUUGUUGAAAUAUUACUUUAUUUGUAUCAUUUGAAAAGAAAAGAACUAAAUAAUUAAUUUGCAAAAAAAAAGUAAAGAAUAAAUAAAAAAAUAUAUAUCCACA